AUGGCGCUGAAUCCUGGGAUAAUGGAGCCCAGGGUGCCGGCGCCUGCCCAGGCAGAGGUGGCUGUGAAAGCUGAGGGCAAAGAGCUCAUCCUGGUGCUGGAGAGGAACCAGCUGCUGGCUCCGGGAUACUCGGAGACUCACUACAGCGGGGACGGGCAGCCAGUGACCGUGACCCCCAACCACACGGAGCACUGUCACUACCACGGCCACGUCCGCGGCUACGGCGGCUCCUGGGUUGUCCUCAGCACCUGCUCGGGAAUACGGGGUCUCAUAGUGCUGAGCAGCAACACCAGCUACUACCUGAGCCCCCUGGACCCCCCCGAGCUGGGGCACCACAUCAUCCACAAAGCAGAGCACCUGCCCCUCCCAGCUGGCACCUGUGGGCACGGGGAUGAUUUUGGGAGCACCGUGGCCGACAUUGCCCAGCUCUUCCAGCCAGAGCACCGCCGGGUGAGGAGAGAUGCCUGGAGGACCAUGAAGUACAUGGAGCUCUUCAUCGUUGCCGAUCACACACUGUACAGGAACCAGAACCUCAACCUGGGUCAGACCAAGCAGCGCAUCGUGGAGAUCGCCAACUACGUGGACAAGUUUUACAGGCUGCUGAACAUCAAGGUGGCCCUGAUCGGGCUGGAGGUGUGGACGGAGCGGGACCACUGUGCCGUCACCAGCGACGCCAACGCCACGCUCUGGGCCUUCCUGCAGUGGAAGAAGUCGCUGAGGUCCCGCAAGAAGCACGACAACGCCCAGCUCCUCACAGGGAAGACGUUCGGGGGGACGACCAUCGGAAUGGCCCCGCUGGAGGGGAUGUGCAGCAUGGAUAACUCCGGAGGUGUCAGCGUGGACCACGCGGAGCAGCCCAUCGGAGCCGCCGCCACCAUGGCCCACGAGAUCGGCCACAACUUCGGGAUGGUCCAUGACACCCAGGGCUGCUGUGUGGAGGCCACCCCAGAGCAAGGGGGCUGUGUCAUGGCAGCAGCCACUGGACACCCCUUCCCUCGCGUGUUCAGCUCCUGCAGCAAGAGGCAGCUGGAAAACUACUUCCAGAAGGGAGGUGGGAUGUGCCUCUUCAACCUGCCUGACACCAAGGACCUGGUGGUGGGACGGAAAUGUGGCAACGGCUUUCGGGAGGAAGGAGAAGACUGUGACUGUGGGGAGGUGGAGGAGUGCACCAACCCCUGCUGCAACGCUCACAACUGCACGCUGAAGGAGGGGGCCCAGUGUGCCCACGGGGACUGCUGCCACAACUGCAAGCUGAAGGCGGCCGGGACGAUGUGCCGGGAAGCAGCAGGAUCCUGUGACCUCCCAGAAUAUUGCACUGGUGCCUCUCCCUACUGCCCAGCCAACGUGUACCUGCUGGAUGGCUCCUCCUGUGCCUAUGGAGAGGCCUAUUGCAACAACGGGAUGUGCAUGACCCACCAUCAGCAGUGUGUCCAGCUCUGGGGACCAGGUGCCUGGCCAGCUCCAGACGCCUGUUUCCAGGACGUGAACAUGGCUGGGAACACCUAUGGCAACUGUGGCAAGGACAGCCAAGGGCGCUACGUCAAAUGUGACAAGAGGGACGCCAUGUGUGGAAAGAUCCAGUGCCAGAGCUCGGCCAAGAAGCCCCAGGGGACCAACACGGUGUCCAUCGACACCACGAUCCGCUUCAACGGGCGCGAGGUGAAGUGCAGGGGCACCUACAUGUACACGGCCAGGGACGACGAGGACGACCUGUCCGACCCCGGGCUGGUGAUGACAGGGACCAAGUGUGGAGAUGGGAUGGUUUGCAAGGACCGCCGGUGCCAGAACGCCUCCCUUUUCGAGCUGGAAAAGUGCGUUUCCCGGUGCAAUGGCCACGGGGUCUGCAACAGCAACAAGAACUGUCACUGUGAUGCUGGCUGGGCUCCCCCCUACUGCCAGGAGCCGGGGCUGGGGGGCAGCGUGGACAGCGGCCCCGUGCAGCCCAACAACCACGAGGCCGCUUUGAUCGCCCUCCUCGUCAUCUUCCUCUUCCUCCUCCCGGCCCUGACCAUGAGCAUCUACUACUGGUACCGCAGGGAGAACUCCCUCCUGAAUAAAUGGAUAAAGGAGAUGAGGAAGAGGAGCCAGGAGGCCUACAGGAACAAAUCCAUCGGUCGGAAGUCGAGCAACGGCCACCCCAAAGCUGCCUUCACCCUGAGGAACAUUUCCACCUCCAGCCACACCGAUAAAGCGACCCGGACGGCGUUCCUGCCCAAAUCCUGCGCUCACCACCCCGGCUCUCAGCCCGUCAACGUGGUCCAUCCCCUGCGCCCGGCCCCGAAUUCCGUCCCCCCGCGACCCAGAGACCCCAAACCCGCCAGGCCACCCCCGCCGGUCACCAGGUCACCCCUGGGCCACUCCAAAGCCGGCGGCUCCCAGGCCAAGCUCCCGCCUCCCAGGAAACCUCUUCCCUGCAGCCCCGUGAGGACCCCACAGGUGGUCCCAAAGCAGCAGCCCCCGCGUCGGCCCCUCCCUGGGAGUCCUCUCCUGGCCAAGGAGCUGCCUCCUGCCCACGGACAGACCCUGCUGGUCAUGGUCCCUCCUACCAACUUCCAGCCGGCGGGGACGAGCGCCACGAGCCACCCCACGAGGCCCCUGAAACCGAUGCCACCUCAAAGGCCAGUCCCAGCCAUCAAAGUCCAAUCAACCUUCUUCCCCUCCAAGAAGUGACAAUCCAAGGCCACCUGAAGCCCGUCCUUCCUGAGCUGGCUCUCCUGAUUUGCACUGCUCUGCCCACAGGGGUCCUUCAUUCCCCUCCUUUUAUUUGUCUUUUGAUACCAGAGGACUAUUUUUAUAAGACAGAAUUUGUAUUCAGCACAAAAACUGGGGAUGGUGGGGUGGGGAGGAGAGGGGAAACUGGUACUAUGACUUCACUGAAGGUUGGAGGUGGGGUUUCCAUGAUGGACAUUCCAUCCUGGCAUCGCUUCCCAGCCAAUUUGCCUCCCAGCUUUGGUUUCUCCCUGACGUUGCACAUGGGCUGGGCUGGGGCGACCCGGGGGGCACGAGGACGUCCAAUACUGAUGGAAGAUGCUGGUGACAGUGUAAUGUCCUUCUAGCUACCUCCUCCUUCUCCUCCAGGCCUGGUGACACCCCUCCUCCACCACCACCACCCACUGCCACCAGAGCUCCACGCCGGGGCGUCCUCUCCGGGGAGACAUUUGCCACGAGAGAAACACAAUUUCCAGCUUGGAUCGGGACAUUUCCAUGAAGGAUCCAAGUUCUCGGGCUCCUCCUGCCCCUCCUGUCCGAUUGCACGAGGUGACAACCCUGGGGUCACCUGGAAGGAGCAGCCUCCUGGGAAGUGUUUCAAUGCCUCAAGUGCUGGUGGCACCAGCGGGUCACCAGGGUGCUUUCAGGGGGCUCAGGAGCCCCCCCUACAAAUGCUGCCUGUUCCCUGCUCGUGGGCCAAGCCCAGCAGUGGCUCCUGGAGCUGCUGAUACUCUGCUGUCCCAACGGGAUGAGGAGCAGGAAAACCUCCUGCCCGUGUCAUCGGCUUGUCCAGAGGCCUCGGCCGAGCCGCUGCAUUUCUCUGUGCCUCAGUUCCCCCCGUGUGGAAAGGGGGGGGGUGAUAACCUACCUCACAGGGGUGUUGUGAGGUUGAACAAACUCAUGUCUUGAAAGGGCUUUACAAUCCUCAGAUCAAAGGUGCUGUUGACCUUGCACAGUUUUGUGCCACUUUUCCUGUGACUUGACACGCGGCUCUAUCAGGGUCUGAAACGAGAACAAAGACUUUCUACAGUC